UGACGUCAUGCCCUCACAGAAGCCAAUACAUUUUAGGCUUUACCCUUUCUCUACUCUUCUCCCCCUCCAGCACCGAACCGAACCGGGAUUGAGAUUCUUACGUCAUCGGCUACGUCAUGGGGAGGAAAUCUGUACGGGCAAAAGAGAAGAAGCAGAAGCGCCAGGAAGAGCGCGCCGCCAUGGCGGCUGUAUGCGCCAAGGUGCAAGCAGCCAAUCAACUUGGUGACCCUCUAGGAGCCUUUCCAGUAUUUAAAAAGUUUGACAGAAAUGGGUUGAAUUUGACUAUAGAAUGCUGCCGAGUCACCGAUCUGGACCAGAAGACCACUGAUUGGGCCUUUGAACUUACGAAGACAAAUAUGCAGCUGCUUUAUGAACAAAGUGAAUGGGGAUGGAAAGAGAGAGAGAAACGAGAGGAGCUGACAGAUGAACGUGCCUGGUACCUUAUUGCCAGAGAUGAACUUGGUAUGCCUGUUGCUUUUGUGCACUUCAGAUUUGAUGUGGAAUGUGGAGAUGAAGUGCUUUACUGUUAUGAGGUGCAGUUAGAGGUCUGUGUCCGCAGGAAAGGAGUAGGGAAAUUCCUGGUACAGAUCUUGCAGCUGAUGGCAAAUAGCACACAAAUGAAGAAGGUUGUCCUUACAGUCUUUAAACAUAAUAAUGGUGCUUACCAGUUCUUCAGAGAUGCUUUACAGUUUGAGAUAGACGAGACCUCUCCCAGCAUAUCGGGCUGCUGUGGUGAUGACUGCACAUAUGAGAUUCUGAGCCGCAGAACAAAGUUUGGAGAUGCUCCGCAUUCACAUUCAGCACAAUGUGCUGGCUGCUGCCAUUGAAUAUAGAGGCAGAUACCUGAGGACUGUGGAGGAUCAUAAUGGACAAAAUGAUUGUCUUUUUUUUUGUACUUUUUUAUGUUUUUUAAACUUUGUGAUGUUAAAAUGCAGCACUGUUGUGGACAUGUGUGUAACUCAUGUCUCUACUAGUCCUUUUAACGGUAAAUAAAUUCUUGUUUGACU